UGACAGUUCCCAGCGCAAGAUUUCCAGAGGACCCCACUUGGCCUAAACCAGGCUCAGGUCCGUCCAGCCACAACUUCUGUUAAAGCCCAGACCUCAGGCUGCGGCAAGGUGGGCUGCACCAUCGUCCGCGGGCCACUGGUCAGGGCUGUCUCCUCAGCUGUCACGGUGUGAAGAAGCCAGGCUUGCAGACCCAGGGCGCCGGGAGCAGUUCCUGGGGCCUCCGGAGGCCCGCCCUAAGGGCCCAGCGCGACCCGAGCGACCUUCCCGUUCCCGCCCCCGGACGCGGCCGGGUUGUCUGCAGGCCUCACCCGGGUGUGGCAGCCGCUGCUCCGCAGAGCCUCGCGACUAGAACCUACUGUGAGUCCGUGGGAACUUGAGUGCCAGUACCCUGUGGGCCAUAAGAAGAGCUGGCUUCAACACUGUACCACUCUUGUCUGGAUCUAAGCCUCUUUUCUUGGCAUCCAAAUGACAUAUCUUUAUCAUCCAAAGGAAAAAAAUAAACAACUGGGAGCAAUGAAGUUUUUUUUCUUCAUGUUUGGCGUCAUUCACCUUUUAUCCCCAAGUUCUGGAAAAGCUAUAUAUGAGAAUGGCAUUUCUCAGAGAACAUUUCAAGAAAUACAAAAAGAAGUAGCCAGCUAUGAAGAUGUUGCUAAAGCAAUUAUCAACCUUGCUGUUUAUGGUAAAUACCAAAACCGGUCCUAUGAGCGUUUGGCACUUCUAGCUGAUACUGUCGGACCCAGACUGAGUGGCUCUAAGAACCUAGAGAAAGCCAUCCAAAUCAUGUACCAAAACCUACAGCAAGAUGGUUUGGAGAAUGUCCACCUGGAACCAGUCAAAAUACCCCACUGGGAGAGGGGAGAAGAAUCUGCAGUGAUGCUCCUGCCUAGAAUUCACAAGAUGGCAAUUUUGGGUCUUGGCAGCAGUGUUGGAACUCCCUCAGGAGGCAUUACAGCAGAAGUACUGGUAGUGACCUCUUUUGAUGAACUCCAGAGAAGAGCGUCAGAGGCAAAAGGGAAAAUAGUUGUUUACAACCAGCCUUACACCAGCUACGGGAUCACAGUGCAGUACCGUACACAGGGAGCUGUGGAAGCUGCCAAGGUGGGGGCUGUGGCAUCCCUCAUCCGAUCGGUAGCGUCCUUUUCCAUCUACAGUCCUCACACAGGUAUUCAGAAAUAUCAAGAUGGUGUACCCAAGAUCCCGACAGCCUGUAUCACAGUGGAAGAUGCAGAAAUGAUGUCACGAAUGGCUUCUCGUGGGAACAAAAUUGUUGUUCAUCUGGAGAUGGGAGCAAAGACCUACCCAGAUGCUGAUUCCUUCAACACUGUAGCUGAGAUCACUGGGAGCAAGUAUCCAGAGCAAGUUGUACUGGUUAGUGGACAUCUGGACAGCUGGGAUGUUGGGCAGGGCGCCAUGGAUGAUGGUGGUGGAGCCUUCAUAUCAUGGGAAGCACUCUCACUUGUUAAAGAUCUUGGACUGCGUCCAAAGAGAACACUGCGCUUGGUGCUCUGGACAGCUGAAGAGCAAGGUGGAAUUGGUGCCUCCCAGUAUUAUGAGCAACAUAAGGUCAAUAUUUCCAACUACAGUCUGGUGAUGGAGUCUGACUCAGGAACCUUCUUACCCAUGGGGCUGGAGUUCACCGGCAGUGACAAGGCCAGGGCUAUCAUGAAGGAGGUCAUGAGCCUGCUGCAGCCCCUCAACAUCACCAACGUCUUUAGUGAUGGAGAAGGAACAGAUAUUAACUUCUGGAUCCAAGCUGGAGUGCCUGGAGCCAGUCUGCGAGAUGACUUAUACAAAUAUUUCUCCUUCCAUCAUUCCCACGGAGACACCAUGACUGUCAUGGAUCCAAAGCAGAUGAACGUUGCUGCCGCUGUCUGGGCUGUUGUAGCGUACGUUGUCGCAGACAUGGAGGAGAUGCUGCCCAGGUCCUGAAGAGAAAAGAAGAAAGGCCCUUGUCCUUGUUAGCUGGGGAUCCUGGCUUUGCUUCUUCAAGAUACCUAUCUUCACACAACAGUGUUAUGUGCUUAAUCCACAGGGCACAGCUUUCUGCAUCCCUUCUGUCAAUCAUCUUUUCUUGAUCCUUUCUUACCUGUUUCUAGAAUAUGGCACGAUCCUCACCACUCCAUAGAAUCAACACACUGUGGGGAAUCACAAAUAAGUCAUUUCUUUAUACCACUUUGAAAAUAAACAAAUCUGUUUAAAGCCUC